UGACCCUUGACCUCUGCAUCAUUUCCGUCCCAGCCAUCUUUGUUCUGACUCGAACCGUCGUGACUUCAGGGAAGAAAUCCUUCUACCCCUCUUCCCUCAUACGGUCUGACUAUAAACAAGCAUGCCCAUACAACAGCAGGAGUUCAUAUGUGGCCUCUCGCAAGAGGUGACCAUAGCAGUCCUCCCCAGACUGACCAUGGAGGAGCUGAUGUUUGAACUGAACAGAAGGAUUCAAAACCUGGACAAAGAGAACAGCAUCAAGGACAGACUAGUCAGUAUCCUUAGGGACGUGAUGUUGGAGGAAUACCAUCAGUUGGAAAGGAGAUCACAUGUCAGUUUUCCAGGCGAAACCGCCAUAUUUGGGCAAAAUCAUGGGACAGCUACCAUGCAAGAGAACAUUUUGAUUACGUACGCUGAAACAAUGUUAUCAGAAACUUCAAGUCCCGUCACCUCACAGCAAAGUUCUGGACUGGACAUUGUGAUUAAGAAGGAACGCGAUACAAGCAGAGAAGUGCUCAUGCAUACAGAGCCAAAGGAUUUCGACUUGGAUACAGACCAAAUACAAACGACUGUUUCGGAACAAGAUCGACUUUGUAACACGCCCGGUCCAGGCUCACAAACGUUUCCCUCGUUCAAAACCUCCCUGACACAAAUGAAUGUCACAGCAGACUCUCUCAUUAAAGAAGAAGACAUUGAUAUGUCAGAUGAGGACGCAGCAUGUAGAGCUCGCCAUGACGAGCUUGACAUCGACACUUCUACAUUUAGUAUGCAGGUCUUGGAUACACUCAAUUCAAUGAAUACGUCUUACUCAGAGACUCCAGUGGAAAGCAAAACAACCCGUGAGGAAGAACCUUCGGCUUCUUGUUAUCUGCCUCCCGACAACGGUGACUUACAUUUAAAAAUGGAAUGCCAUGUGUCCCAGGAUGAUCAGAACAGGCAGAUUUCUCAACCUUCAAACCCGGAUCACACUGAACACUAUACUGAUGUCAGAGACACUGGUAUAACUAACAACGGACACGAGCAGAGUAGAAAAGACAGUAGUGAGGAAACACCUUUGGCUCCUUCAGACCAGGAUUGCGAGAGCAUGGCGUCCCUUCAUCCUGACAAUGGCUCACAAAUCGGUUCCAAACGCCACAUGUGCGAAUUGAAAACAUCAUUUGUAAACAGCACCUCCAAGCGCAGAAAACGUCAAAAACCUUUCAUGUGCGACGAAUGUGGUUAUAGGGCACGUCAUAAGUACCGGCUUGUUGCACACAUGAGAACACACACUGGCGAGAAACCGUUUAAAUGUAAUCAAUGCAACUUCAAGACGUCACAUAAAAAAUGUCUAGUCCAGCAUAUGAAAAGACACACGGACGCAGAACCUUACAGCUGCGAGCUUUGUGACUACCAGGCCUACCAAAAGUCUCACAUGGAAAGGCAUAUGAUGUGCCACUCUGGUGUGAAAUCCUUUAAAUGUGAGGAAUGUAACUACAGAACCACGCAUAAGGGCGAUCUUAUUAAACACAUUAGACGUCACACCGGUGAGAGACCAUACAGUUGUCAAGUAUGUGACUACAAGGCAAAGGAAAGGGGAAAACUCAAUCGUCAUAUGAGACUCAAACACCCUCAUGACUGUCAAAAGUCAAAACCAGCAAAAUGACAUAGGACUAGUUCCAUUUGCAACGGAAAUGACUUAAUUGCUUCUGGAAAAUCUCAGCAUUUAUUAUUUUGCAAAGGAGAUGGCAGCAAAAACAAAUUCACUCCUACUGUAUUAACUGUACAGAAAUACGAGUGAUCUGAAGAGGCUCGUCAUUACCAACCCAACCGAGAGAAAACCUACUGGUGCACUUGCUGUGAUUACCCUGACUGUUAUAAGGCUCACAUAAUGUGCCAGAGACAGAGACCUUUUUCAUACAGCGAUUUUAGCAUCAAGGCUCGUUUGGUUAAGAAAUGAGGUGACAUACUGGGGAGAAACCGUUCAUAUAUAGUGAUAUUGGGUUUAAAUCAAUCCAGAACAAACAACUAACAAAGCCAAUAGAACGCUACACUUACACAAGAUGUAAUGGGCAACAUUUUGGGCACUAACCGAUGUAAAUACAUGAGAGCACAAAAUCCUUUAGAUAAGCUGUGCUAGGUUGGUAAUCCAUUUCCUAAUGUGUCAGACUGCCAGUGUAAUGAUUAGACGGAAGUCAUGCAGGAUUUCUUCUGUCAAUCCAUUGUUGGAAUACACACUCCAUUCUGAAAGCGUUUUUAGUUGCAAUGUUUGUUUGUAGUAUAGAAGUUAAGUACAAAACUGUCGUAAAUGAAGAGAUCGAAAUUUUGCAUUGGUUUCCGGCGAUGCUAGUCAUCAUGCUUUAUAGUUUUGUUCCUUUAAUUUUCAUACUUAUUGAUAGCAAUAAAGUUGAACAUCGGUACA